AUGGCUGUGGCGACGGUGAACCUCCGCGCCGUGACCUCCUGGGUGGGCAUCGCCCGGCUCGCUGCCGUCGUGCUGUCCUGCAUCGCCUUCAGCUUGGUGGCCUCCACUAGGGCAUUCGGCGGUCCCUAUGGGACGUGGUGCAUGUUCACCUGGUGCUUCUGCUUCGCCGUGACGCUGCUGGUGCUGGUUCUGGAGCUGCUGGAGCUCUACCCCAAGCUGCCGUUCUCCUGGGAUGACUUCACCUCAGCUUUCUCCAUGCUGGCGGCGUUGAUGAUCUUUACCACCUCGGUAGUCUUCCCCUCCACCUUCAUCAGCAGUCCCUGCAGCAGCAGCAAGGGUGCCCGGCAGGCUGUGGCCCCCGCCGUCUCCUGCCUCUGCUUCCUCGCCUACGCCCUCGAGGUGGGGCUCACCCGCGCCAAGCCAGGGGACAUCAGCAGCUUCCUCUCCACCGUGCCUGGGCUCCUCAAGGGCUUUGAAGCCUAUGUGGCUUGUCUCAUCUUCUCCUUGCUGGAUAACUACAGUUCUGAAGCCGGCCUGCAGUGGUGUGUGGCUGUCUACUCUAUUUGCUUCAUCAUCACCUUCCUCAUCAUUGUCUUCACCAUUGGCCGGUGCCUCACCUACAUGCCCUGCCCGCUGGAGAAGGUGUUGGUGGGCUACAAUGCCCUGGCCCUGAUGAUGUACAUCACCGCCACCAUCAUUUGGCCCUUCUACAGCUUCAAUGGUGUGCAACGCCCCGACCCCUGCAGCAGGGACUGUUGGUGGAACAAGCGCCUGGGGGUCACCUUCCUCACCAUCUUCAACCUCAUCGCCUACUUGGUGGACCUGGUCUACUCCACCAAGAUGGUCUUCGUCAGGGCACCUCCCUAA